AUGUAUCUAGCAGCGCUUUCGCGGUAUUUGUGCGCUCUCACGCUUUGUCUAUACUUUGCCCGAGCAAACUGGAUUGAAAUCAACAACAUUUUCGCGCGUCAGCUACCAGACGAACAGGUGGAAGAAAAACAGAUAGACAAGGUCAUAGCGGCGGUAUCUUCUCCAACGACUUCCUCAGUCCCGUUAAGCACUGGGGCAGCAACUCCCGCCACGACAACCACCUCAGAUCCCCCAUCGACUGCAGAUUCGAAAACUACCACUGCCAAUCCAAACCAAAAAUCGACUUCUAUAUCCACCCAACGUCCUAAUCCUACAACAUCAUCCGUCACCAAUCCAAACCCCAGUCCCACAUCAGUUACCAGUCAAGAACCACCUGCUAAUACAGAUAACACCGAUACUUCUACGACAAUUCUUCCGGCUUCAUCAGUUUCACAGAGCGUCGAGCUAGUGACAACUAUUGUAACUGUAUCUGGAAGUGCUGUAACUUCCGUGUCUGAAUCAACAGCUGCUACAACCGUACCUGCCUCCGGGCCCACUGGUACAUCGUCUCCCAAGGACGGCAGUGCAGAUAAAUCAGGCUCGAAAUCUAAAAACACGAUAAUUGGAGUGUCAGUCGGAAUUGGUGGAACAAUAUUACUCGUUACAAUGGCAGCCCUUGGCUGGAGGAUAUGGGGGCGCAAAAGAAGAUCAGAACAAGUUAGUGGUCUAGAUUUUCGCACAAUAAGUCCUGGGCAAGAAAAGCCGGGUGGUAUAAACAAUAUGAGACCAACAAAUCCAUUCCAAAGUACACUCGAAACCUAUCACAACCCCACCAGGGUAAAUGCGUCGUCGAAUUUCUGA